GGGACCGCGUGACGUUUCACGUUGCUGUGAUUGGCUGAGGCGGAGGAGGUUGUGAUUGGCUGGGAGCAGGGAGGCGCUCAGUUUGUGUUACAGUUGGGAAGCAGUGUCCUGGCGGCAGUAGUCCCGCGGAGGGAGCGGAGAGCGUGCAUCCCGGUACGUGUUAUACAUUACAAAGACUGCGGAGGGGGAUAAGCUGCAAUAAAUAAAUAAUAUAAUAUAGGAAGUGGAAACCUGUGUUAUGUAUAUAGCGGAUAAUGGUGUGGCUAGUAUUAGCACAUGCACAGAGCCAUGAUAUUUGUGAAUAAGCCAUUAAUAUAGUGUGUGCUGUGUGGGUCAUUCUGUAUGUCCAUUCCCCUUACUCUAAUAAUGUAUUAUUUAUUACUGAUUUAUUUGUAUGUCAGUAACAUAGUUCUUGCUAUUGCAAGGUGAAUAGGUUUAAAAAUGAGUAUAUAUAUAUAUAUAUAUAUAUAUUUUUUUUUUUUUUAUCUGGAUCAUUUCUUCACCUUUUGUGCCUGUUAACAUGAAUUUUUAUUUAUUUGCUCUUUUGUAAAUUGCUGCAAAUUAUAUUUUGUGUGUGUUAAAAGAUUAUUUUGAAAGCUUAUCCCUUUAAGGACCUUUUAUGGUCAGUGUUGUCAUUUAAUGCCCGCACCGUUAAUUAUGGCAGAUUUUUAUAGAGCCUUUAUAGCUAAUGACCGGAACAUUCCGUUUUGGUGUUGAGUCUAAAGGGAUAGUUUGAGUAAAGUGUAGCAUUUGGUGCUUCCACCAAUGCUAAGCAGUGUUUUUUUUUUGAAACAUUUUCUUUUGGGUUUUGUGUAAUGAGCAAUCUCGCUGUUUUUUUUUGGUUUUUUUUUUUUAGAUGUGAUUAUGAACUUUAGUUAUUACUUUAACACAUGUGUUGUACAUCUACAAAGUGUCAGAUGAGUAACUUGCAAUUGUGAGAUUUGUCCAGUACAUAGGUGUAUAACCUAUUCUAAACAAACAAUUCUUAUUCCUUUCAGGUUAUUGUUAUUUGGAGAUUUUCCCAGCGGGUUUAAGAUAUGGCUUUGACACCCCCUCGAAACACACGACAUGGCAGGUGAGAAUCUUAAGAGGGAUAGUAAAGAUAGGGUUUUACUGUCUGAAAACUAUUUAAAACAGCUGAUGUUAAAAGGAAUCUAUAUAAAGAGAGAACUAUCCCCUAUUUCUAGGAUUAUGCAUUCAAAAUAAUUGGUAUAAAUAAAUAUAGCUACAUUUGAAUCUUCUCUUCUUUAACACUGUUUAGUGAGUCUGCUGCUGCUACAGUUUUACCUAUCCCUCACUAGAAAGAGACCUGCACUCAGAAGUGAUCAUUCUGGUCAUAUCCUACUGCUUUUUAACAAAGGUUCAUGGGAUAUGUAGUUUUUUUAAAGAAAACUUUCUGGGAGGAGAGGAUUCUCAGCCCAAGUGGUGUGUAUAGUGCAUGCAUAAUUUUGUCGACCGUCCUGAUGGAUGACUCAGAGGGAGAAUGGGUAACAUGAAUACUAUACCAAGCUGCAAUGGUUAUAUUGCUUAAACUAGAGUAUCCCUUUAACACUUGUAAGAUGAUUGAAAACUAGUUUGUAUAUUUUUAUGACUCCUAGUGCUUUCUGAUGAUUAAAGGAACACUAGAUAAGGUUAAAAAUAAACACAUUUGUGUUUAGAUUCAAGCCUCUCCUCUUUAAAACUGGAAAAGCUUAGCAUAGAAAUGCAAUUGGUACGUAAAGUACAUACACAGAAGUUGCCAUGCUCCACCAGUUUUUAGCCUGAUGAUGCCAAAUAUGAAGACCUAUGAAAAUGAAAGGUGUUCAUUGAGCAAGUGCUGCUAAUGACGGUCAGUCUGACCAGGACUAGAGGCAUGGUUAAAGCAAAAUGUAAACAUUGUCAGGCAAAAGGGAAAUGGUCUUAAUCUAGAUGAAGUGGUCAUCUUAGAAUGUACUUUUAAAAAGUGUUUGAGAUUUCCAAAUUAAGUUUUGUUGUUCAUAAUUUGAUACCCUACAAUAUUGUCUGGGUUAUUUACUAAAGUGAUAAUUGUCAUGACUUUAAAGUGAUUUUAAAAUUAUGGACCAAAAUAGCUGAAGUGGAAACAUAGCGGACUUGUAGGAUUUUUACAAAAAAAAUAUUUUUUUUGCCUUAAAGGAACACUAUAGGGUCAGGAACACAGAGGUAUUCCUGACCCUAUAGUGUUAAAACCACCAUCUUGCCCCCCUUACCUCCCUAAAAUAUAGUAAAAUCAUACUUGUAUUCCAGUCUGCAGCUGCCGGCUCUGCCCUUGUCUGCUGACAUCACCAGAAGUUGUGGUCUGAGCCAAUCGCAAUGCUUCACCAUAGGAUUGGUUUAGACGGUCAAGGAGACAGAUCAGGGGCAAAGCCAGCACAAGUCAAACACAGCCCUGGCGAAUCAGCAUAUCCUCAUAGAGAUGAAUUGAAUCAAUGCAUCUCUAUGAGGAAAGUUCAAUGUCUGCAUGCAGAUGGUGGAGAUACUGAAUGUUGUGAUGCACACUAGGCAGGACUGCCCCAGGAAAAAUAUCUAGCAGCCAUCUAAGGAGUGGCCAGUGAAGUUAUCACUAGGCUGUAAUGUAAACACUGCAUUUUCUCUGAAAAGACAGUGUUGACUGCAAAACGCCUAAAGGGAAUGAUUCUACUCACCAGAACAAAUGCAAUAAGCUGUAGUUGGUCUGGUGACUAGAGUGUUCCUUUAAGUUUGAAUUCACAACAAUUUUCUCUUUAGUAAAUAAUCCUGAUUUCCUCCUGCACAACCUAAAACUUGUGAUAUGUUUUCUCAUGUCAGGUAUGGUACAUCACCAUCACAGGACUCAUCCUUAUCCUCCAGCAACCCAGUCAAUCAGGUGGAUUCUACCCCGUUGCCUCCAGUUAAUGAACGGUUGGCAUACCUGCGUCCAUCUCGAGAGCUGUUGGAAUAUUACCGGAGGAAAAUUGCAGAGUUUGAUGAAGAACAUGAAGAUUUAAUGAAGCGACUUGAGCAAUAUAAAUCUACUUAUGAGGAACAGGUGAAUAUGUAGGUGACAGGUAGUAAAAGGGGGGGGAAAUCAAAUAAAAUAUAUAAAUGUCAUUUAAAAUAAAGAUAUCUUAGGUAAAUUUCAACAUAGAUAAAAACACAUUAUAAACUAUUAGAUGGCCACCUUGAAUUAGACAAAUAUAAUCUAAAUGUAAUUAGCUGUGUAAGAACAGCAAUAACUUUGUAUUCUGUGUCAUAAAUUUACAAUAAUGUGAAGUAACAAACUAGUAACGGUUAUAAGCCUACGAAGAUGGAUGAAAAAUGUAUUUAUACUUAAGUUAGGUUAGGUAAACUUCAACAUAAAUAUUUAAAAAACAAAACAAAAAAACCCAUAAAUUAUGUUGUGGUCACCUUAAUCUGGACAGAUUUAAAGCGGCACUGUCAUGCCGAACUUACCUUUCCUCAAUCUCUUCCUCUUCUCCCCCUCUCUCAGGAUCUGUUAUUCUUUUCUUCCUAUCUUCUUUAGUUUUCUUUAAAAUCAUAAGACAAAGUAGGGACUCUUUGCCUUAUGGAGGAUUCCUCCGCUUGACCAGCUCUGACCAGCGGAGGAGCAAAGUGUGCUUCAUUUCCGCUGGUCAGAGCAAUUUUCCCAUGAUCCUUACCUUCCCUCUGUGUUCCCGCGAUGCUUCCUGUCAUUUUACAUGAAACUGCCGAAUUGCAUUCUAACUGAAUGAGAACAGUAUGUUCGUUUCUUUUAGAACGCAAUUCGGCACUUUAUUCGGAUCGGAAUUUCAUUCCAAUGAAUGAAACUCUGAUCCUAUUCAUUGCUGUGGCUGCAUCUUGCAGCCGCUUAGUAGAUAACUCCCUAAUUCCCACGGUAUCAGGGAGUUAUCUACUAAAAGGCUGAAAGACCUAAAUUGGUCUUUCAGCCAACUUUACUAAUACUAAGUAAAGAUUACUUAGUAUUAGUAAAUAAUAUGCCCCUACUAGCUAUACCGCUUAUAGCUGCUCACUGUAAAAAACAAAACAAAAAACUAAUACCCCCCCCCCCCACGCCAUGCCCGUGGGGGCCCUAAAUAAAGAUGGGGGGGACCUACUGGCCCCCACCCCUGAGCGGUGGGUGGGGGCCCUAAAUAAAGAUAUGGGGGGGAACUUCUGUCCCCCCCCGGCCCCCACCCCUGCGCGGUGGGUGGGGGCCCUAAUAAAACAAUAAGGGGGGACCUACUGUCCUCCCCCCCGACCCCCACCCCUGCGCGGUGGGUGGGGGCCCUAAUAAAACAAUAAGGGGGGGGGACCUACUGUCCUCCCCCCCUGGCCCCCACCCCUGAGCGGUGGGUGGGGGCCCUAAUGAAACAAUAAGGGGGGGGACCUACUGUCCUCCCCCCCGGCCCCCACCCCUGCGCGGUGGGUGGGGGCCCUAAUAAAACAAUAAGGGGGGGACCUACUGUCCUCCCCCCCGGCCCCCACCCCUGCGCGGUGGGUGGGGGCCCUAAUAAAACAAUAAGGGGGGGGACCUACUGUCCUCCCCCCCCCCUGGCCCCCACCCCUGAGCGGUGGGUGGGGGCCCUAAAUGAAACACCCCCCCCAAUCAAGGUGACUAGGGGUCCCAAGCCCCUAGUCACCCCCCACCCAAAAAAAACCUAUCCCCUACCUACCCCCCUCACCCUAAAAAUAGUGAGGGGGGAAUAAAAUAACUAACCUGUAAAAAAAAAAAAUUAACUUACCAUUUGACGUCUUCUUUUUUCUAAAAUCUUCUUUCUUCAGCCCCCAAAAAGGCCAAAUAAAAAUCCAUUAUACCCGUCGCACUUUAAAAAAAAAAAAAGAGCGCAAAAAAAAAUUAAUCCAUGUUCGCCCUUCGAGGGCACGCCGCAGACUGAGCUCCGCAGGGCGGGUCAAGGCUUAUAAAGCCUUGCCCCGCCCUGCAAUUAGGCUUCGAACACUCUGAUUGGUGGGUUUAAGCCAAUCAGAGUGCUCUGAGUCAUUUUACACAGCGUGGGAAAAUUCAAAAGAACUUUCCCACGCUGUGUAAAAUGACUCAGAGCACUCUGAUUGGCUUAAAUCCACCAAUCAGAGUGUUCUAAGCCUAAUUGCAGGGCUAAUUUUUUUUUUUUAAAGUGCGACGGGUAUAAUUGAUUUUUAUUUGGCCUUUUUGGGGGCUGAAGAAAGAAGAUUUUAGAAAAAAGAAGACGUCAAAUGGUAAGUUUAAUUUUUUUUAACAGGUUAGUUAUUUUAUUCCCCCCUCACUAUUUUUAGGGUGAGGGGGGUAGGUAGGGGAUAGGUUUUUUUUGGGUGGGGGGGGUGACUAGGGGCUUGGGACCCCUAGUCACCUUGAUUGGGGGGGGUGUGUUUCAUUUAGGGCCCCCACCCACCGCUCAGGGGUGGGGGCCAGGGGCGGAGGACAGUAGGUCCCCCCCUUAUUGUUUUAUUAGGGCCCCCACCCACCGCGCAGGGGUGGGGGCCGGGGGGGGACAGAAGUUCCCCCCAUAUCUUUAUUUGGGCCCCCACCCACUGCUCAGGGGUGGGGUUCGUGGGGGGAGGACAGUAGGUCGCCCCCCUUAUUGUUUUAUUAGGGCCCCCACCCACUGCUCAGGGGUGGGGGCCAGAGAGGGAGGACAGUAGGUCCCCCCCCUUAUUGUUUUAUUAGGGCCCCCACCCACCGCUCAGGGGUCAGGGUCCCCCCUUAUUGUUUUAUUAGGGCCCCCACCCACCGCGCAGGGGUGGGGGCCAGGGGGGGAGGACAGUAGGUCCCCCCCCUCAUUAUCUUCAUGGCCCCCACCCACCGCUCUGGGUGGGGGAGGGGGGGAGGACAAUAGGUCCGCCCCCCCCUUAUUGUAAUUUUUUUUCAACAGUGAGCAGGAACAGGCUGCUCACUGUUUAGUAGACAUGCCCCUACUCGCGGUAUAGCGAGUAGGGGCAUUUGGGAGAUUUUAACCUCCCUUGUGCUAUUAUGGGGGUCAUAUUGACCCCCAUAGAGUGAGGGGGGCCUGGAGGGGGCUUAUGAAGUGGCGGGGAGCACUGCUCCCUGACGCUUCUAUAGUUACAUAUUACAAGGAGGGAGCUGCGUGCCGGUAGCUCCCUCCUUGUAAUAAACUGAACGAACAAACUAACACUGAUACAUUGUGUUAGUUUGUUCGGCUGAUAUUUCUAUUCACUCAUUCGUCUGUCUGAUGAAUGAGUGAAUAGAUGAAAUUCCCGUUCGCAUGUCCAGGUGUUUCACUGGGCAUGUGCGGGAAUCUCACAGUCUGUCUAGUGUGGGCUGAUGACGUGUCCCACAGGGACUUCAUCUACCCACACAAAGAUGGCGGCGCCCUGAAUCAAGAUCGGGGCAGAAAAUAAGGAUUAAAAAAUAGGUAAUAUGGGGGGCUUAGGGGCACUUGAGGGUGACUAGUGGGUCAAUUGGAUGUAGUGGAGGCGGGAGGGGGGGUUAAAAAAACAAAAACGGGAUUCGGCAUGACAGUGCCGCUUUAAUCCCAAUGUAAAUAGCUAGAUAAAAAUUGUAUAUUGUAUCAUUUAAUUACAAUAAUGUGAUGUAAGAUACUGGCAAUGGUUACAAACCUACUAAGAUGAAUGGAAAAGCAGGAUGUUAAACAAGUCGCCAACAUAGCCAUGAUGGCAAAGUAUCAAAUACAUUAUCCAAGCUAUAUAUAGAGGAUUAUUGUGGUAUAUACUCAGAGGGUAAAAUUAUUUACAGCUCCUAUACUGGUUUCCUUCAACUUAGCCCUCUAUGGCAGUGUUCCCCAACACAGUCCUCAGGGACCACCAAAAGUCCAGGAUUUAUGUAUUUCCCUGUUUUAUUCCAAUGGAGAUACUUACAAAACCUGGACUGUUGUUUUAAAUAUUUUUUAUUGAAUCACAAUAUAAACGUGGGUUUCAAGUGUUAACAAUUAAUGCAGUUAGUCGCCUACACAGAGGCGUGGGUAUUGAGGUUAUAAGUAGCAUGAGACAUUCAUAUUGCGGUUUUAUCUGUAUAACGUGGUUGCCUGCGCAGAGGCGUAUGGAUUAAUGUAAGCAAGUAUUCACAGAUAUUAGGUAUGCCUAAGCUUUACGAAACUAAACAUCGCAAUCAAAAGCAUGUCGUAAUAAGAUAUUAUAAGAAAGGGAGCGAUUGACAACUCUUAUGCAUUUUAGGCCAUUACACUCUUGAGCGCUCCAGCAUUUUUCUGGAUACUUUUAAACAAACGGACAUGAGGUCUAAUAUUUAAUGCUGUUGAGAAUGCACACUUGUCUAAUAACCUAUAUAUCGCCCGUAAAGCAAACAUAACAUCUAAAAACGUAGGGUAUAAGAUUGUGAGGGCUGAAAUUUAUUUUCUAUAUCAGGAUGCGUAUCUUAAGGCUGUGUCUAGUACGUAAGCAAUAUAGGCCUAUAGAAUGCUUGAGGUCCCUGAGCCGGCGUGGUCCCACACGGGGAUAGGUGACUCCAUGAUGCGUUGUUCAUCCGAGCGGGUCACCAGUCUCUGAGUUAUGCUCUAGCGCCGUCUGAAGUCAGGCUUAUGCUAACAGGUAGGCCGGAUUUAUUCGUGUUAGUGUUCCCGGAGUGCUGUCGGCCCUUUGUUGGUGUCUUUUUAAUGCUGGGGUGCUUCUCUCUUGCAGCGUGCCCAGAUGUCCGAUGUUAGGGUGAGUUAUAUUAGGUUUUAUGGCCUUUGUUUGGGGCUGUUGUUGGUCCAUGAGGACUUGAUUGGGGAACACUGCUCUAUGGGACAUGCAAUCUUGCUGUAAGCCAUUGAGGAAGCACAAAUGCCUCCAGUGCUGUUUCCUGCAGCAAUAGUAUCUGAUAUACAGUGGUACUCCCUGAUAUGAUAAUCAGCCAGUGACCGCCUGCAAGAUCAGAAUACAACCUCUAUUUAAACAGCGUUUCUCUUCAAAUUAUAAGUAAUCCCUGUAAGGCAAACCAUUCACUUUUAAAUUAAAGUAAAAUCUUGGUCAACGCGUUUCGUUCUCCUCACAGGACUGUUAAUGUUGUAUAAUUUCCGUGCGAUUCAGCCGCUGAUAAAUAGCCCACAUUUAAUAAGUUAUUAUAAAUUUUAUUAUGACUAAUUCUUAUCAGUCAUUACUAUGAUACAAAUGAAUAAGUUCCUUUAAAACAUGACAAACAUAUGAUACUUAAAGGGACACUGUAGUCACUAUAACCACUUUGUCUUUUUGAAUUGGUUAUAGUGCCUGGAGUGCCCUGGCACUGUGCCUCCUUUCAGUGUUGCACCAUGUUUGUGCAGUAUGCCACAAAAUAAGAGUCCCUGGCCACCCACAGUCCGGCCCCUUCUGUAUGUGUAGCUAAGGCAGAGAUUACACACUUCCUUGUUGUCAUACCCAUUCAUACCGUCAGCAGGAGCUCUGACAGGUUAAAAGCAGUCAGCUGACACUCCCAGCCAAUCACAGCUGCUUAUUGCUGCUCAGGGUAAUACUUCCUUAUUAGCCAAAGCAGCACAGAGGGGAUGGAAUGCAGUGGUCUCUUGUUUAACAUUAAAACAUUACAAGAUUAAAAACUGUUUAAUGCUGAAAGAAAUGACGGCACCAGGGUACUCCAGACACUAUAACCAGUUUAAUGAGAUGAAGCAGAUGCCGUGCCUACGGUGUCCCUUUAAUGUAAAUAUUUAGAAACAGAUCCAAUGUAAACAUACAUUGAAACUGCUCUACCCAACAUAUCUUGAGAUAAUACAAAUAAAAAUCCAUUGUUGAACCAAAGUAAAUUUUCUAUUUUUACAUUUUUAUAAAAACAAAUACUGCAACCAUUUUAACGAAAAACUACAUAAUUUAUACAAUCCCUUUUAACAUAAUUUAGAAUAAAUUAAAAUUUUAUAUAUAUAUAUAUAUAUAUAUAUAUAUAUUAUAUAUUUUUUUUUUUUAUUAUUAUUUUAAAUUCAUCUCCUUUAGCCCUUUUGUAGUUACCGUUUCAAAUUUAAAAUUCCACUUGGUUUCUAACUUCAAUAAUUUUUGUCUACUAUUUGCCCUGGAGCCCAGCAAAAUCCCUACCAUUAGUGUGUGAACUAAAUGUAACUGACCCAUGUUUAAUGUGAUGUCAAGUAACACAUCUAGUAUGUCCACAUUUCAAAUUUCCCCUCUCUACUUUAACUUGUUUCUUAUUAUGUGAAAUAUUCUGAUGAAUGUGUAACUUAGAGGGAGCUAAAUAAUUAUUUAGAUUAAAGGACCAUUAGGGUCCCACUCCCCCCGGGCUGGAUGGCGAGGAAGGGGUUAAAUCUUACCUUUUUUCCAGCGCCGGGCGGGGAGAUCUCCGCCUCCUCUCCUCCUCUUCGGCUGAAUGCGCAUGCGCGGCAGGAGCUCCCGCGCAUUCAGCCUGUCUCAUAGGAAAGCAUUCAUAAUGCUUUCCUAUGGACGCUGGCGUCUUCUCACUGUGAUUUUCACAGUGAGAAGCAUGCAAACGCCUCUAGCGGCUGUCAAUGAGACGGCCACUAGAGACUUUAGAGGCUUGAUUAACCCUAUUAUAAAAAUAGCAGUUUCUCUGAAACUGCUAUGUUUAUUAAAAAAAAAAAAAAGGGGGGGGGGUUAAUCCUUGAGGGACCUGGCACCCAGACCACUUCAUUAAGCUGAAGUGGUCUGGGUGCCUAGAGUGGUCCUUUUAAGGGACUUUGUGAAUGUAACUCUAGGGUUCUCAUGCAACAAAAAUGUAAUAAGGGAUCUUCAAAUAAUAUAAACAAACACUUUUUUUUUUUUUUUUACAAUAUACCAAUAAUCCUCUAAUAUUCUGAGUUAAACCGUAUGUAAAAACCGGUCUUCCUUCUUGUCUCAUCUUUUCCACUAAGCCAAAUUUUUCUUGGUCUCUUUACCACUUUUCUUACCUUUCUCUUGAAUAUCCAAAAACAUAAAAAUUUGUCAGCUCCAAUAUCUCCAGUAGUAUGCCCCGGUUCUUACUAUGUAGUCUUUUAUCUGGGAAAUGUAAUAACUUCUUAUCACAACUCUUUGAAUAUAUAUAUAUAUAUAUAUCUCCAUAUCCUGUUUUUCUGUUCAUUUGAGUAGGCUUGUAACUGUUACUAGUUUACUUCAUAUUAUUGUAUUUUUUUUAUACAGUAUGAAACUUUUUAUAUAGCAAAUUACAUUGAGGUAUAUUUGUCCAGUUUAAGGUGGCCACAAUAUAGUUUUAACUGUGUUGAAGUUUACCGAACAUAUCUUGAGUUUAAAUACAUUUUUCAUAUAUUAUAGAUAUUGCUACCUUUUACCUUUAUGAUAGAUUGAAUAUACAGUUCCUCUGUGCUUGCUUGUUGUGCAUUGUUUAGUAGAUUAACCCAGCCUACAUGGCAGGUAUUUGUAUUGUACAGGUGAAUAUGCAUAUAUGGGAAGGCACACAGGAUGGUUAUCCACCCCAGAGGUUGAUUAUUCUUGGUUAUUCUGAAGUCUAGACUUCAUGUUUUGCAACCAUUCUUGCUCUUACAGCAUAAACUGCAGUGGGAAAUGAGGCAGCGAGAGGAAGAGAUUGCAGAGCUGCAAAAAGCUCUAAGCGACAUGCAAGUUUUCCUCUACCAAGAACGUGAGCAUGUGCUGCGCUUGUACUCUGAAAAUGACCGACUCAAAAUCAGGUAAUUAGUCUUGCUGCAGUACUCAAAAGACCAGUGGAUUUUUUUUAAAGGAACCAUCCAAGAACAUAAUUAUUACCGCUUAUUACUGUGCUACGAGGCUCUCUAUUAAAAUGUACCUUUUAAUUCACACAGACACUUUAGUUUAAUUUGUGGUAUCCAAGCUUCUGUGUGUAGUGUUGUAUCUAAGAUGUUUGGGAAGUAAAAAGUAAAUUGCUAAGGAGAGCUUCCUAGCACCAUUACAAAUAUAAUCAGCUGAAGUGGUUAUAGUGCUUGGGUGUCUCUGUAAAACACCUCUGUCAACAAAAAUAUAUUUCAUAAAGAUAAAUCUAAUUGAAAUACUCGACUGCACGGAACUUUCAUUAAAGGCAGUCAAAAUAUAUAACACAAAGUAGGGACUACUUUGUCUGGUUAUAAAUGCCUAAGCUGAGAAAAGGGAGAGCUUCCACUGUCCAAUUUUGUUGAUUCUCUUAGCUGAGGCUAGUAAAUGCUGUGGGAACCUGAUAUUGUCUCAUUCAUUCUAAGAAUAGAUCUAUUGAGGUUCUUGUGGGAUCAUCCAUAGAUGUCCAUGUUGUAUUAUGCAUGAAGAAAGAUGAUGGAACCUGCAGGGCAGGGAAUUCUUCAGUUAAGUAGAACAGUCUUCUGCUGCACUCCUAGGCUUCCACAUCCCAAGUAGGGAUGCAGAAUACACAAAGACCCUCAACAGUGACAUAUACUCUUUAAAUAUUUUGUUUAUAUAAUGAAAUUGUUAAAAUUCUACUCGCUUUGCUUAAUGCCAUACAUCUUCAAGUUCCUUAGUUUGCACUUCUAGAUUCAUGAGGUAUGGUGUGGGUAGAGGAAGCUGUAUUGACAGGAGAAUGGGAGGUUUUAUAAUGUUCUCUUCUCUUGCCGUAGAGAGCUGGAUGACAGAAAGAAGAUACAACAGCUUUUGGCACUGGUGGGGACCUGCAGUGGAGAAAUAACCUACUUCCAUAAGGAACCUCCAAACAAGGUGAGACCAACAUUAAGUACCAAGUUUUCAAUGCAUUUGUGGAACACUUGAUUAGGGUUAAAGAAUCUGCAUAGGGAGUUAAUUGAUAUGUCAUAGCAUUAUGGUUGUAAGAAUGUAAGCCCAUGGAGCAGUGCCCUCCUCCCCUCUGUUACCAGACAGCUGGAUGUACAGGAACAAUUACAUGUAUGUUAAUCCACUCACUGUACAGUGCUACGGAAUUUGGCGCUAUAUAAAAAAAUAAUAAUAAGAGCAAUAGUCCACAACAUCUGGAGUGCCAAAGUUUGCCUAUCCUUGCUCUAGAAGAACACAGACUCUACAUUGUAUAGUACAGUUUAGACAACCGAGCAAAGAACAGGGAGAGGGAGGUAGAGAACUCACAUGAUGGGAUCAAAUGCCAGACUUGUCUUGUGGGGUGUAUCUGAAGAAAGAACUAAAUAAGUUUGACUAUAUUUUAUUAAUAAAAAAUUAACGUACAAAAGCAUGUUAGAGGGCAUAUCUAUCAAGUGGAAUAUAAGCAGGGUAUCAGCUGGUCCAUCCAACGGUAAGAAACCCGAGAACAUUAUAAAACAAUGAAACAAAUAUUGUGCUUUUUUAACAUAUGUAAAAGAUUAGUAUAAUGUGGUGGGUUUUUUUUGUUUUGUUUUUUAACUGUAUAGUUUUAUUGUUGUUGUGGUGUGAAUUCAAUCACAAUAGGUUCGAUUUUAGAAUUAAUUUUUUUUCAGCAUACAUGACAUGCUUAUCUUCAUAAAAUUGAGUUUCUUGUAGCAAAAUGGAUUUUGCCUUGUUGGUAUAACUGCUAAGAAAUAUUAGAACAGCAGAAAUAUACUAUUUAUUGUAUUUUUCUUGAUUUCCAAUGGCAGGUAACUAUCCCCCAGCGUACCAUUCAGUCUGGAGAUCCACAUGAGAGGAGGGAACAACGCCAAAAUCGUGCAGGUAAGUGGGUAAUGACCAUGACUGUUAUAAAAAUAUCCAAUUUUCCAUUCAUGUUUGAAGUAUGAGGAAUUCAAGAUUUAUUAAUUGUAGUGUAGCUUCCCACAAAAUUAAUCUAUGCCAUAAUUAAUUAAAAUAUGGCUUCAGGUAUACUAAAAACUCUUGCAUAACAAUGAAUUAACAACUGGCUGCACUAGUUAAACAUGUUUAACAUUGCGUUGUCAAAGUGCUUUUUUUUUUUUUUUCUUGCAGGUGGUAAGCGAAUAACAUUGAAAUCCACAAGCAAAGAAAACAUGAGGGUCGCAGAGAAGGAUGAUCAAACACUCUUGCUGCAGGUAUAUACUCAAGCACCUAUCUGUCUCAGAUUUUUAAUACUUUUUUUUUUUUUUCUUAUAGGGUAAAUACUUUUAGUAUUCUAAAAUAACGCUCUAUACUUCAUUCUUAAAGCUCCAUACACAUUACCUAAAACUGCAAAAACCACGAGCCUGCCUGCUCACAUCCGUGAAACAUUUAGUCAAAACCUUGUAUAACAUAGGUGACAUUGUACAUAAAUCAUGCAUUUACUGCUGCUGGAUAUUACUGAGGCUUUUUGGUAACAAAAGGUUUAAAUAACAGUUCAGGAGGUUCUUGAGGACUGCAAAGUACUCAGAAAAUUAUCUGCAAAAUAAGUUAAAGGGAAACUAUAGUGUCAAGAAAACAAACCGCAUCCCCUCACAGAGAUACAUUGACUCACUGCAUCUCUGAGGAAAGUUCAGUGUCUCCAUGUAGAUGGUGGAGACACUGAAUGUCAGUGCUGCACACUGUGGAGCACUGACCCAGGAAGCACCUAUUUUCUUCUCUAAAAAUGCAGUGUUUCUUUAAAAUGCCUGCAGGAAAGGCUAUAGAAACAAUAACAACUUAAUUCAGCUGCAGUUGUUCUGGUGACUUUAGUGUCCCUUUAAAAUGUAAAAUUAAUGAUGUGAUGUAUUUGGUAUACAUGCCUUUGAUUUUGUAAAUGCCAUGAGACUUUUUAUAUGCAUGCAAAAUCUGUCUGAUAGGUCCAUAGUAUCCUUGUUUUUCCCAUUCUGGACCCGGUUAAGGUAAACUUUAUUCCUCUGUACAACGCCCUAUACAAAUCUCUAAUAUUCUCCAGAUAGAGGCAUUGCAGGCACAGCUAGAAGAGCAGACACGGCUGUCUAAAGAGCAAGUGGAGUCCUUGUUGGAUGACCGGAGGAUUCGAAUGGAAGAGGCACAGGUGCAGCAUCAGAGGGAUCAAGACAAGGUCAAAGAACUGACUGAGAAGUGAGUUGAACAUUGCAUCAUUAUUCUAGAGUAGAAAGUCAGGACAUCAAGGACAAAGAAUUCUGUCAUCAACUUUGCUUUGGAUUUCCUGCUAGAUAAAAAUUAAGCAGCAUUAAAAGGUGUGCUUUAUAAUGAGUAAAAGGGAAGACACAAUCUAUGCCCCUUCUCUCUGAGCGGUUCUAGCUAAAAUUGAAGAUAAUCAUUUAGUUAAUGGCCACUGUUUAUAAUCUUCUCCCUUCUUUUUACACAGUUAAAGAUCCUUGAUAAAAUUAUGUCUCUAAUAGCAUCAUUUUAGUCUUUAAUGGCUGCUAUAGACUCUUUGUGGUGGUUAUACCUCUUUCCUUCUCAAGUUCUUUUUUUUUUUUUUUUUCUCCUAUGUUUGUUGUUUUUGAAAAUUGAGAUUACUUGCAUCUCCAAUUCUCUGUGCAUUGUUUUGUGCAUUUUUUUCUAUUUCUUUUUCAAGGGUUACUCCAAGCUCCAUGAACACUUCAGUAAUUUGAAGUGGCCAUGGUGCCUGGAGUUUUUGUUUUACUAUGAAAAGCUGCACAUGCUGAAUUUUAUCCAUCUGCUGCUAGAGCUGUAACUGCAGCAUAAUUUGAGUUGUAUUAGCUAGCCUUGAACAAGCAUACUAGGUGGCUAAUGUGAAUUCUGUCUAUAUUGGAUGUCUAAAUUUUGGUUUGCACAGCAUGCCUGCUCUAUUGUUUUAUGGUUGGAGUAACCCUUUAAAUAAAUUAACUAGAAAAGACAACACACACUGGGUUAUUGACUAAACUGAGAAUAAAAACGAAAUAUUAAAAGUAAGGUAAAAGUAGCUGAACAGGGUAUUUCCUCCAAAUCUGCUAUGCUUCCAGUUUAGUUACAUUGGCCUUAAAUUUGAAUUCUCACUUUAGUGACAUACACUGACAGUUACACACUGCUAUGCAUGGUUUAUCAAGUUACUUUGCUCAGCCAGUAACACUCUAUACUCCUUUUUCGUUGUUCACCUUGUUAUUACUAACUGAUCUUGGAACUCUGUCUCAACCAGAUUGAAUAAAACUCAAAAGCUGCUCUAUGAAAGCACAAGGGAUUUUUUGCAGCUGAAAUUUGAGGGCCGAGCUAAUGAGAAAUCUUGGAUGGCAGAAAAAGACAGGCUUCUGCGGGAUCUAGACCGUUGCCGAGACCAGCUAACUGUGGCCGAGAACCCAGAGCGAGAGAAGGAGCAUGAGUUGGAGGUCCUGCGUCUUUCACAAGCUGAAAGAGCAGCUCGGACAUCACGGAGUGAGGAAGUUAAGGUGACUCAAUUUCUUUUUUUUUUUUUUAAUUCUUUAUUUAUGAAAAGAUCAGACACCACAACAUUAUAUGCAACAUGAUGCAAUAAAGAACAACAUCGCAAUCACCAAAACAGUACACAUUACUUGUAAAAAAACAAACAAUAUUGCAAAAGUACAAAGCACAAACAGCAUAUCUAACAUAUGAAUGUCGUCCUUACAAGCUUGCUUACUGCGGUAUCCCACCCAUUUUAUUUUAAGUAAGACAAUAAAUUCCCAUCUGAUAGUGAAAUACACGAUGAUAUUUCACGCUAUCCAUCUAUAGCUACCCCUAUAAUGCAGUAAGAAUUUGGCUAAAUCAAUGAACUAAAACUCGGUGUACAGGGAUGACUUUUAUGCGAAGAUAUUUUAAUAAUAGCCUACCCUCCAAAUAUAGCUUCAGUGAGCCAUAUGGUAACUGGGUAGUAACCAGAUAGAUGGGAAGAAACAAUAUAAAGAUAAAUAAAGAAAAGAAAAGGUUAACCGAAAGAAGAGUACCAAAAGAGUAGAAGAGAAGGAAGAAGAGAGAGUAGGAUUGGGAGUAGGAUUGGGAGGGGGUAUUAUAAUUAUUUUCCCAGAAUGGUACUGAUGCCGAUACGAUCAGAUAGCUGGAUAGCCACGAGCCGGGAUGUUUUUAGCAAGUACCGCCAUGCCAGUGCGAAUAACUAUAAACCAUGAACAUCUCGUGGGAUCCUGAGGGUCCCGCUUCGGAAGGGGGAGUAAAAGUGUGCUAUACAUUCUGUCAUCGAUAGAGGUGUUUCGGGGUACGCAUGGAACGAGCCCGUCCCCCAUUCCCCUAAUCACCCACCCCACUAGCCACCCACGGGCUCCAAAUCUUUUCCAUUUUCUUCUUAGUGCCCCGGACCCUAGCUGUUAACUCGUCCAUUAUGUAUGUAUCUUUGAUCUUUUGUAUCACCACCUCCAUUGGGGGGGUCUCUCCCUGUAGCCACACUUGGGCCAUGGCCCUUCUAGCAGCCAGGGUCACCUUGUGUAGUAAAUUUUGUUCCGAUCUGGACCAGUUCUCCAGCGAUCUGGCCAGGAGGAAAACCCAGGGGUCUGGUUUGAUCACCCUAUCAAAGAUAUUUCCCAGUAAAUCCGCGACCCGUUUCCAGAAUUUUUGUGCCUCUGGACAGACCCACCACAUAUGUAUAUACGUCCCUUUCUGGCCACAUCCUCUCCAGCAUAAAUCUGUAUUAAUUUUAUUCAUCCGAUAAAGCUUCGCCGGGGUAGCGUACCACCGGAACAUAGUCUUAUAGGCUUGUUCUUGAAAUGUGACACAAAUAGACGAGGUCGCCGCUGCCUCCCAGAUCUCUUGCCACUCAACACCCUCCAGUUCCUCAUUCAGAUCCAUUUCCCAUUGAGACGUAUAAUGAAGCUCCCCCCAUUCAGAUGUGGUCGUACUGAGGUGCGCGUAUAAGUUAGUGAUGAGACCUUUCGGAAAUUGUUCUUGGAUGCACAUUCUUUCAAAAAACGUGAGUGGAGUCAAGGCGCUAGUUUUAAUCUGUGGGUUAUGGGCGAAGUCCCUUAACUGGAGGUAUCGGAAAAAAUCGGAGGGACGUAGAGUAGCUCUGGACUUCAAAUCAUCGAAGGAUAUAAAAGCACCCCCCUCAUAAAGAUGACAUAGUCGUUGUACCCCUGUGCUCUCUAUGCCCUUAAAGUUUCUGGCUUCCAAUCCCGGAGGGAAUGCUCGAUUCCUCAGAUAAGGGGCCAAUGGGGACAGAUGGGGGGAUAAACCAUAUUUGGUUGAUGUUGCGUCCCAGAUUUUCAAAGAGUUAGCGAUAGCUGGGCAAUCGACGCGUAUCAAUGGUCUGUGGUCCCUAGGGACCCACAUAAAGAAUUGAGGAACGUCGGAACCCAGAAGGGUGGCCUCCAGGUCGACCCACCGCCUCUCUUCCGGGGGAGCAUGCCAUAGCGCUAUUUGAGUUAAUUGAGACGCUAAAUAAUAAAAAUAAAGGUUCGGUAGACCUAAGCCCCCCCUCGCUUUUGACCUGUAAAGAACAUUACGCGAAACUCUAUGUUUCCUAUUCUGCCAUAUGAAUUUCCCAAUGGCCUGCUGGAGCGUCCCUAGAUCUGACUUGGACAGCCGGACCGGGAGAGCUUGAAAUAGAAACAGAAUCCUAGGGAGAAUAUUCAUUUUCACAGAGUGAAUCCUACCAAUCCAGGAGAUCGGCUUAUCUAUCCAUUUCUCCAUGUCUCCUAUCAAGGUGCGGAUCAUAGGGACAUAGUUUUGCUGAAAUAAUUGGGAAGGGUCCGCUGUCAGCCGAACCCCCAAAUACUUUAUAUGGUCGUUUGCUAUACGUAUCCUAUAGGUGUCUCCGAUGUGGGCGAUAUCCGUGUCGCUCAUGCUUAUGGGAAGUGCGCUUGACUUAGUUAAGUUCACCCUAUAUCCGGCCAGUUCGCUGUAGGCCUCCAACACUGUCGCCAAUGCCUCCAUCGAAUUUAUCGGAUCCGUCAGGGUUAGCAAGACAUCGUCAGCAAAGCCAGACACCACAUAUCGCUGCUCCCGAAUCACGAUCCCCUUGAUGUCGGAGCUAUUUCUAAUUGUUUGUAGGAGGGGUUCCAAAGAGAGAGCGAACAGUAGAGGCGACAGCGGGCAGCCCUGCCUAGUCCCAUUCCCCAAAUUAAAAGGUUCCAUCUUCGCGCCCGAAAUCCGGACUCGAGCCCGAACGUCAGUGUACAUUGCUUGUAUCGUAGUUAUAAAGGGUUCAGGGAUACCAAACUGUCGGAGAGUCUCGAAAAGAUAAGGCCACUUUACCCUAUCGAAAGCUUUCUCCGCAUCGAGUGACAAUAUCAACGUCGGGAUCCCCCUAGUUGCCUGCCGCCAGAUAAGAUCAAUGUUGCGUCUAGUAUUUUCAAAUAGCUGCCUGCCAGGCACAAAGCCAACUUGGUCAGGGUGUAUCAAUCGUGUUAACAAGGGGUUCAGUCUGUGUGCCAAUAUUUUGGCAAGAAUUUUGGAGUCAUGAUUUAUCAAAGAAAUCGGGCGAAAGUUUUCGGGGACAGAAUCAUCCUUGCCAGGUUUCGGUAACAGCACGAUAUCCGCUAUUGACAUAUCCCUAUCUGGCGUUCCUCCCUCCAUUAGGUCAUUAAACCACUUUUCCAUGUGGGGUAUAAGUUCCUCUCGAAAUAUCUUAUAAUAGCUGCCGUCGAAGCCAUCCGGGCCCGGAGCUUUGUUACCCUUUAAAGCAGAUAUUGCAGCAUCGAUCUCUUCGACCGUAAUCCUUUCUCCAAGGGCAGCUGAGUCUUCUCCCCGCAACCUAGGUAGCUUCAAUUGAGAUAAAAAUGCCUGCGAAUUGUCCGUGUCACUCCUCUGGGUGCUUGUAGCCCCGCUGGAAUGAUUAUAUAAUUUGGUAUAGUACUCUGUAAAAACCUUAGCAAUAGCGGAAGGGUCUGUGCAAUACUUACCCGUAGCGUCUUUGAUUCUUGUAAUAUGGGAGUGACUCUGUCUCGGGCGAAGAGAUCUGGCCAACAAGGUAUCCAUUUUGUUGGAUUUUUCGUAGUAAGUCCUUUUGGACCAGACUAAAGCUCUUGCAGUCUCGUCGAGGAGCGUUUCGCGGACCGAAGCCCGCAAUUUCCUUACUUCCUGCAAUGUGGUAGGCGACGAGGCCGCCUUGUGUUUUUCUUCCGCUUUCCCCAGGGCUUCGAGGAGAGAUGUUAGUAAUUGUGUCUUACGUUUCUUCUUAAGCGUAGCUUCGCGAAUCAAUAUACCCCGGAUAACCGUCUUGUAUGCGGCCCACACCGUGGCAGGCCGGGGACCAGAGUCCGCAUUCCGUGUGAAGUACUCAGUCAGUUCCUUGCGUAUGAUCUCCACCACGGCUGGAUCCUGAAGCAAAGAGGUGUUCAGUCUCCAGGUCCACGGAGAUGCCAUACUUAAUUUAUCCAGAGUCAUCGUGAUGUCAGCAUGGUCCGACCAAGUGAUCGAACCUACUGAAGUUUUCGACACCUUUGGGACCGUGAGGGGGUUCACCAGAAAUAAGUCUAUCCUCGAAUACGUAUCGUGAGGUGCUGAAUAAAAAGUGUAAUCACGGUCGUCUGGAUGAUGAGCUCUCCAGAUAUCGACCAGGCCUGUACGAUGCAUAAAAGUGCGUAGUAUUUUAUCUUGACUACCUCUCCCGUGGGACCUCGGCAACCCAUCGCCAGGACCCCUGUCAACCGCAGGACACGGGGUGGCGUUCAGGUCCCCCCCCACCACCGUCAUUCCGUGUGGCAGAGUGUUCACCAUCUGCGUUAUUCCAUCCCAAAAAGCAACAGAGGGGUCGUUUGGGGCAUAGACAUUGAGGAAAUGCACUGCAUGAGAGUGCAGUCUCCCCGAAACCAGCACGAAACGGCCACCCGGGUCGGCCACCACGUUUUCCACCCUCAGCGGGCAUCUAUGGUGUAUAACGAUAGCAACUCCAUUCCGUUUAUUUAAAGCCCUAGCUUCAUGGACUGUCCUGAAAGUGUGAUCCUUCAGGGCGAAUUUAGCCGAUGCGGAUAGGUGCGUCUCCUGCAAGAAGGCAAUAUCUGGGCUCAUGCGUUUGAGAUCCCUGAACAUGAGGCGGCGUUUGCUCGGAGCAUUCAGGCCCUUAACAUUCAAUGAUAAUAUUUUUAAAGGCAUAGUUUCCGAAAGGAGGGCAAGCCAAUGCCUCCUAACAGCCCACUACUGGGCCAGUAAGGAGAUUGCACCAAAUAUCUCAUCUCAGUACCAUGGGAGCCCGGCUCCGGACCAUCCAGACAGAGUUCAGCGGCAUAACUGCCCUCUCCUGUUCCCCCUCCCAAGGGAAAUAGUAAAGAUUUAGAACUGGACAACAAACAAGAAAUAGGAAAAAAGAAUAAGUUUGAAACAAAGAAGGACACACAGAACCUGUGUAUCUGGUGCCUGGUCUUACCUAUAGCCAGGUUUGAUUGGGGCACAUGUUCCAGCCCCUCCGGAAUCUGAAGGAUUCUCCAGAGAAGCGGGAGCAUACACCAACAGAGAAAAGCACCCAUAGGGUGCCAACACAGACUAAUUAUGAGACACAAUGAAAUACAAUAAGAUGUCAGAUAGCUGCAUUACCUACAUAUACACAACCAGAAAAUCCCCUCCCCCUAGGCAGAGAUCCAAACAACUUCCCCCCCCCGCGAGGAAGACCCCCCCAAAAAGAGAGGCGGGGCAAAACAAUAUGGCAUAAUCUGCGCAUUUAAACAAUGAACCCAAAAUCAAAAUCAAACUCACCCGCUCCCCCCAAGAACGCACGCCCCACUGUUCCCUUAACCCACCAUAAAUAACAUAAAAUGUGCCUGGGAGGCAGAAAGGGCCCAAGAGUAUGGAAAAUAUACAUAAAAGAACGCCGUAGCAUAAACAUAGCCCCGUGACCCCAAGACCUCCCCCCCAUAGCUGAACCCACAAGCUUCCGCCGAAUCCCAUCCCCUGUGCGUAAGAUCAAAAGUAAAUGCAGUGUGGUACAUAAGCUAAUUGUAAAAGCAGGGUCAACCCUAUCAACCACCCGCCCUACAUAAUAAACACACAUCCCGCCACCCUCCGCCGCCCCAAAACUAUACAGGGAUGAGAUGUAUAACAGAAGACAAGGUUAAGUAAGCAUUUCAAGUCAAAAAACGUUCCCCAACCAAAAUUCGGGCCGGUGCGGGCGUCCCGAAUAACCGUGAGGGCCCUGCAAUGUUAGGACGGGUGUUGCCCGAAAAGAGGUACAAUCCCUGAGCCCGAUCAACCUCAUUAGGCGAUUGCAGAGGGGAAAAAAAUGAAGAACACAGGAUGGGAACAUUUGGGAACGAAGAGAAGAAAUCCCUAACCCGCCCCAUUCAGGAAGCAACCCAACCCAUGAACUGGCAACCAAACCCAAGCAAUCCCCAUCAAGGGAGCCAGGCCAGCAAUAAAUAUAAAUAAAAAAUAAAAUUAAAGAUAAAAAAAGGGGGGGGGGGACAUGGGGACCCAUCUUAACCCACCCAAACAACACAUGCCCUCCCGUGGCACAGCACCACCUGGAGCCGUAGAAAUCCGACCUGCGAGACCGGGAGCAAAAUUCCUCUCUCCUCACUCACCCGCCUCGGACCAAACACGUGGAAGGGAUCCCAGCACCUCCGCCGUCGCCAUCGGAACCACGAAACCUUCAGGGGCCUGAAUCCCCAGCUCCCGCAGGAACGCCGCUGGAUCACCGUCGGGAAACAAGAUCUUAGUGCGGCCGUCGUGAAAGGCCAUCAGACGGAAAGGGUGACCCCAGGCAUAUUUGAUCGAAUGGUGUUGUAAUACCUCGGUCAUGGGGCGCCACUCUCGCCUUUUCUGUAGUGUGGCUGGGGUCAGAUCCUGGUAGAGGGCCAGCUCCACUCCUUUAUGGGUGAUAGGGCUAUUUCUGCCCCUUUUCAUCAGGGCCUCCUUAGUUUGAAAGCAGAGGAAUUUAAUAAUCACAUCUCUCGGCCGCCGAUCAUCUGACCGCUUAGCCCGGAGAGCCCGAUGCGCCCGCUCAAUAUGCCAAAGCUGGUCCGGCAUGUCGGGGAGAAGCGGCCUAAGGAUGCCCGAAACGACCUCAAUCAGAGACCCUUCCCCCUCCUGCUCAGGCAAGCCCCGAAGACGAAUAUUGUUUCGGCGCGAUCUAUUUCCGAGGUCUUCAAUUGCCAGUUCAGCAGAGAUCAGUCGGGUCGUCAGAAUAUUAAUCUGUGCGGCAGCAGCGUUGUGGGCCACAACCGUGGACUCCACCCGCUGUUCCAAUGCAGCCGUCCUCGUCCCUACAGCCUGAAUCUCCGCUUUCACCUCGUCCGAGCUCCUGACUAUUUCAGUAGCAAGGUAGGAGCGGACCUCCGCUAAUUUGGCCAGUAUCUGGCCGGUAUCUGUUUCCCGAGUACCUGUAGCCGCACUGCUGCCUGGGCUUGAUGGCGAGCGCGGCGUUCCCUGACCUUCCCGUCCGCCAUCUUGGGUGCUUAGACGCACAGCGCGGGAGGCCGCGAACAGCUCCGAGACGGUGGCACCCGAUUCCAUCGCUUUUUUCCCCUGUUUCCUCGGGGCCCUCUUGUCCAUCAUGGGUCUCCUGCCUCUGCAGGUAUUUUGCAAUUAUAUCUCGGCUGUAGUUAGCAGUUGGCACCGUGGCUGCAGCAGAGCUUUACAUGGACACGUCCAUCUUGCUCGCCUGCAAACCACGCCCGUCGACUCAAUUUCAUAAACCUGCAAUGUCUCUCCUGCUUUAAACUGUGCAAGACUGGUGCCAUUUUUUUAUUUAUUUUUUUAUUUUUAUUUUUUUAAAUCCACUACCUGGAUGUAGGGAAAUGAAACCUAUGUUUAGCAUCCCCGAAUAUUACCAGACAAACCACUGAUGUAAGUUUGCUCGUGAAAGCAUAAGGUCUGAUGUAACAUUAUAGCGUUGAUGCCCCUCCAAAAUUCUGUCAUUAAGUUUAACAUUAAUUUGUCAAGAUAUGGUAAUCUAUUACCGUAGCCAUGCUGUUUGGAUAGGAUAAAAAGCUUCUUUUACGGGGAAGCUGUAGAUCUGUGGUUCAUAGUCCUCAAUGCACAUUUGACAGUUGCAUGAUAUAGGCAUUUCCCAAUUCUAUUCCUCUGGGUAUAAUGACUAAAUUGUAAAUUAUUUAGUUAUGACUAUAUACUACUUUUUCUGGCAUAUGGUGGCAGUACAUGUGGGUUUUGCUCCUUUCCUGUGGACAAGCAUCUAACAAGAUUAAUUAAGUUAACAAACCCCUCCCCCUUGCCCUAUAUAAGGGCUUUACGGCAAAACCUACCCCAGUUUCCUUUCUUGUCCUGAGAGGGAAGGACACAGCAUCUAGAUGGUGAGACACACAGGCUGUUGGUCUGGGGGAUCCGGUCCGAGAGCUGCUCGGGUGGUAGGUUGAGAGACCAUGCUUCCGACCGGUAGGUUACGGAGUAAGUGGAGAUGUGAUUCCUUUUAUGCCGAGAAGGGUUCCGGCAAUACUUCCUGGAGGCUGAGUUUAUCCGGCGCACAUCAGUGGAACGCACGCCCGGGUGGUGCUGCGUUCCACCUAAGCUUCCGGUUGCGCUAGUACGCAUGCGCAAACCGAAAGGGUGUGUGUAUGUGUGUGUAUAUAUCUCUAUAUAUCUCUGUAUAUCUAUAUAUCUCUAUAUCUCUCUAUAUAUAUAUAUAUAUCUAUAUCUAUAUCUAUAUCUAUAUCUCUAUAUAUAUCUCUAUCUCUAUCUCCACUAUAUGCUGUAUGUAUGAGUUACUGUGAGCUAUGACGAGUUGCUAUGAGCAGUAUGUGUCCUCUAUAUGCUCUAUGAUAAAUUGCUGUGAGGUCUCAGCUUCUAUAUAUAUCCACUAUAUGCUCUAUGUAGGAGUUACUGUGAGCAGUAUAUGUACCCAUUAUAUGCCCUAUGACGAGUUGCUGGGAGAAGUAUAUUCUAUCCACUAUAUGCUCUAGGAGGGCUCAGCCUCAGUGUGAGUAUACACUAGAUGCUCUAUGUAGGAGUUAUUAUGAGGACAGCCUCUGUAUAUGUAUCCUAUAUGCUCUAUGACGAGUUGAUGUGAGCUUUGUAUGAGUUACUAUGAGGACUAAACCUCAGUAUCGGCUCUAUAUAUGAGUUAAUGUGAGAACUCAGCCAUCAGUAUAUGUAUCCACUAGAGGCUCUAUGUAUGCGUUAUUAUGAGGUCUCUGCCUCUCUAUAUGUAUCUACUAUAUGCUCUACGACGUGUUGAUGUAGGGAAUCAGCUUCAGUAUAUGCAUCCACUUUUAUGCGCUAGGUAUAGUUACUAUAUAGACUCAGCCUCAGUCUAUAUACCCACUACAUGCUCUAUGUAUGAGUUUUUAAGAGGACACAACCUCUGUAGAUGUAUCCACUAUAUACUCUAGGUUGAGUUUGUGAGAUCUCAGCUUCAGUAUAUGUUCCCACCAUAGGCACUAUGUAUGAGUUACUAUGUGGACUCACCCUCAGUAUAUGUAUCCACUAUAGGCUCUAUGUAGGAGUUAUUGGAAGGACACGGCCUCUUACUACGUAGCCUUUUUUUGCUAUAUGAUAAAUGCUCAAUAUAUGUGUUUCUAUGAGGGUUCGGUUUCAGUAUAUGUGAUUUUUAUUUUUUUUUCUAUACUGUAUGUUGGAGUUAGGAGGACACAGCACAGUAUAAUGCUCUAUGUAAUAGUUACUAUAAGGACACAGCCUUGGUAAUUCUAUCCUCUAUAUGCUCUAUGAAUGAGUUUCUGUGGUUACAGAGCCUCAGUAUAGGUAUUCUCUAGGGAUGUGUUCUAGGAGGUUACUACCUCAGUAUAUAUAUCCUCUAUUUGCUCUAUACAUUAGUUACUGUGAGGUCGCCACCUCUAUAUAUGUAUCCACAUGUUGGGUUAUUUCUAGGAAUCCUAUCAGACAGCUUUACUUGCGGGAGCUGCGGUAACCAGAGCUAUAUAUUUUUUUCUUCUCCUCUCCUGGUUGCUCAAUGCAAUACUGAACAUGAUUCCUGGAGAUCAGGAUUAACCUAUGCUACAUUAGUGCCUAAAUUGGCAAUUGUCAAAGAAUGAUUCAUUUGUUUUCUCUUUAGGUCUGUGUUUGGUAACUUUAUGGUUGCAAUCAUAGACGGCUGAUACCGCACCUAAAAUUUAGAUAAUUUGGGAUCAGAACAGAGGUAGACAUGUCUGACGCUACCAGACAUCCAGGGAUCCUUAUUCACUUUCAAGGAGUUCCUUAGUCUCGUGUUUCAGUCCAACAGGUUGUUGGUUUUCUUUUUCCAAUCAUAGAGUAAGGGAGUUGGUAGAAGCAGAUCCGGAUUUGAAAGAUAUUGUUCCAUCAGAGCUUAGUCCUUUAGUGGACUCUAAAUGGGAGAUUCUAUCAGCCUAGCUGGGAAAAGUAGAGGCUCUAGAUGGGGUUUUUUUUUUUUUUUUUCAAUUUUUCCCAUUGUGUAAAAGCUUUACUUUCUUGGUGUAAGUCCUCAGAGUUCCUUUCAGGAGGCCUGUUUCUUGCGUCUGAAGUUCACUACAGAUGCUGUCGAAACUGUUUGGUGAGCUUAUCUAGUUUCCAUCAUACUUCGAGGUUUAGGUUAAGGUAAAAUGCGCAGUUUCAGGGAUUUCAGCCAUGUUUUCCGCCUUCACCCCUCCAGUCAGUGGAUGCAGCGGAAGGCCAUAUAGAUUCAAAUGGACUCGUGUACAAUGGGUUUAUAUACGUCAACCAGCAAGGAGGAAUCAGAGUAGGCACUCUUUAUCGCCUGUAGGCAGUUAUCUUGCUGUGGUGCAAAAAUAUCUAGUAGAUAUUUCGGCAGUUUUCUUUUCAGAGGGAUCGACAAUUACAUAGCUGUCAAGCUCGGCAGGGGUAAUUGGAAUCAAAGAGUUUGGUCCUGAGCUCCAUGUGUUGUUUUAUGUUCUGGAGAGGAGCUUUGAUUUUUUUCCAGACUUGACCCUUAGGGCAAGCAUUACAGAAGCCAAGUUCCCCAAGUUUCCUCCCUGUUCAGAGCAGGUCCCUUCGAUGAAUAGAGAUACUCUCAUUGUAAUGUAAUGUUAGGCUUGCUUAUGUCUUUCUUCCGUUGACACGAUUUCCAAGGAUUCUUCGGAAAUUAGGGCAGUCGGAACUCGAUCCUGGUUCCUAUUCUACUCUAGGCCAAACAAGGUUCUUGUUCCCGACGUUAAAGAAGAUGGCCCCCACACAGUGGGAACUUCCAAUCUCGUACAAUCUCAUAAUAAACAGGAAUCUAACCUAGGGUUCUGUAGAAGUUCAGGUUUACGGCCUGGCUACUGCUGUGUUAAACUAGACUUCCUGCUUUUUCUGUCUACUUUCAUAUAAAGGUCAGGUUUUUUGGGGUUUUUUGAUGGUGGGAACACCAUUGCCCGCGUGUUCAUCUGUCUCUAAGACCCAUGUUUCAAAUUUUUCUGAAUUUUUUUUUUCUGCAGACUUGGGUCUUUCUGCUUUGAAGUUCAAGCCUCAGUCUUAAGACUCACUGAGAAAGAUUUUGCAUCUGUUUGUUAAUCUAUAGAUUUGUUGUGAUCGGUCAGGUCCAGACAUCCUCCUAGAGAUCUGUUUUUUUCCUGCCCAGGGUUUAUCAUUGAAUUUUCCAGCUAUUUGUGUCCCUCUUUCGAUCUUUUGGAAGAGGUGUCUCUUACAGGUUUCGUUCCUCUAAGUGGCCGUCAGACCAGCUAAAAGAUUCAAUGAGCUUCAGGCAUUUUCUUCCCCAGAUGAUUUUUGCAGUAUUGCUAUGGACAGGGUGGUUCUUCACCUUACAAAACUUCCUUUUUUUUCCCUACAAGUCAACCGAUUGUGUCUGCUUUCCCUUGGGUGGUUGUCCCACCUCUCUUCAGGAGCUUAAAGAGUUGUGUUUUUUUUUUUGUUUUUUUUUUCUUGGAGCAUUGCAAGGUUUUUCUUCCUAGGACUGAGGAGCUCAGGUAUUCUGGCCUGUUGUUUGUUAACCUCCAGUGUAGAUUCCAGGGGUACGGAGCUUCCUGCAAAAAACUUUGGUUUAAAUUGACUCAGACGAGCAAGUAGAUUGGCAUAUUUUUCUUGUGGUCCUUAAGUGCCAAUAUCUCUUACGGCUCUUUUCACUCAGGUAAUGUUUCUCCAGUAGAUGUCCGUAAGGCAGCAUCUUGGCCUGCCUUUCCACAUCUUCGUUAUUCUCUACAGGCUUGAGAUAUUCUCAGCCUCGUUAAUGGCCUUUGGGCGUAAAGUUUGCGAGCUGUACUAGCAUUUGACCCACUCGGUUGGUGUAUCUUGCUAUAUCCCACAUGUACUGCCACCGUAUGCCAGAAAAAACAGAAAUUUUUAUUUACCGUAAAUUCUUUUUUUCUUAAUAUGGUGGCAGAAUAUAUAUCCCAGCACUCAAGGUUCCCGGUCUUUUCGUGCUCCGGUGCAAACAAUCUCCAACCAGUAUAAAGUAUCCAAGAAGAGAGCACUAUGGAGUCUUGUAAUUUAAAAAGUAAAUGCUGCUAUAUUGUGCAGAAAACAAAAAUUUUUGACAUUUCAGUCAAUGCUGACUUUUUUUCAAGACAAUUCAUAUAGUGAAUAACCAGUGAUUAUAUACGUAACAAAACAGUUCACAUUGGUGGGUGAAAAAUGAUGAAAACGAGGUCAGGUGACGUCAAAGAUGACGUGGUAGGAAAGACUUUGCAGGUGUGUAUUAACCCUAUUAGGUAGAGCCAUUCAGAAUUUGUUAAAGCAUGGAGUUGAAUGCAAAUAAAUCACCCACAAUGAAUUUGACUAUUUAUAUGAACUCUAUCCUAGAUGUCCAAUUCUCUAUACCCUCCCCAAAGUGCACAAAGACUGUGUCCAUCCACCGUGCCGCCCAAUAGUUUCAGCAAUUGGGGGUCUGCUGGAACCAAUAGGGAGAUGGCUGGACAAGCUCUUUAAAGAGCCGGUGAUGUCACGAAGUACUUGUAUCAAGGAUAGCAAUGAUGUUAUCAAAAUCCUGAAGGAAUUGGUAGUUCAACCUAAUGGAUUGCUUUUGGCCACAAUUGACGUCUGCAGUUUGUACACCUCUAUCCCUCAUCAGGAAGGGUUAGAGGCAAUGGGGGAGGUACUGAGGGGGGCAGCCUCAAUUUCAAGAUCUCCAGUGGACUAUAUCUUAGAUCUCUUACAGGCGUGCCUAACCUUAAACUAUUUUAGAUUUGAGUCUACUUACUACACACAAUUGACUCGAACGUCCAUGGGAGCUCCGAUGGCCCCCAUGUACGCCAAUUCAUUUAUGUACAUCUAUGAAAAACAUUACAUUCUUGAGAAGUAUGCAACAAAUAUCUUGCACUUUAUGAGAUUUAUCGAUGACCUUUUACUGUUAUGGAUUGGUACAGCAGAAGAGUUUGAGUCCAUGAUGUAUGAAUUAAAUAAUUCAUCUGGCAGACCAGUACUUCAAAGAUAAAUUUUCUUGACUUGCAAAUCUUCAUCCAUAAUAACGAAUUUGGGUAUACUUUAUAUUCCAAAGAAACAGAUCGCAAUACUCUGCUUCACGCCUCGAGCUUCCAUCCACAUAAAUUGAAAAAAUCUCUCCCUAUCUCUGUUUUAGUUUUUUGUAAUAAUUCUAAUCCAGAUAUUGCACAGAAUCAGAUACAGGAGAUGUACCUUAAAUUUAAAGCUCGGGGAUAUUCAAAAUCUUCCUUAAACUCAGCUUACAUUAAGGCUCUACAGUCUAUCUCAGAGAAAAAGAUCUAUCAUAAUAUCGGAGAUCAAUUUAUUUUCCCUCAAGCCUAUCAUCCUAACUCCGAUAAGCUACGUUCAAAUAUUUUGGAGAAUUGGAUGACUAUUAGUAAAGAUUCAACUCUGCCCACACUGUUCCAAAAGCCACCUAUCAUGAGUUAUAGGAAAGGGAAAAGUUUGAAAGACAUUUUGGUGCAUACUGAUCAAUUGACUUUUUCACAAAAGUCAGCAUUGACUGAAACGUCGACAUUUUUUGUAUUCUGCACAAUAAAGAGGCAUUUACUUUUAAAUUAUAAGACUCCAGAGUGCUCUCUUCUUGAAUACUGUGUGUGUGUGUGUAUAUGUUUUUUUUUGUUUUUAUUCUUGCUACUUACUGGGGUAGGUUUUGCCGGAUAGCCCUUAUAUAGGGCAAAGGGGAGGGGUUUGUUAACUUAAUUACUCUUGUUAGAUGCUUGUCCACAGGAAAGGAGCAAAACCCACAUGUACUGCCACCAUAUUAAGAAAAAAAAAAAUUACGGUAAGUAAAAAUUUCUGUUUUCCCACAUGACGAUGCAUUAAAGGUAUGUUCUACACCGGGGGUGAAUAAAAGGUUAAUCCUCCCACAUGCCUCUUAGAACACUUUAUGCAGCAUAAUUCAUGUUCUGCUUACCUCCUAGACCUAGAUGAUUGCCAACUGCAGACUCACUGCCAACUGCUAUCCUUUCUAAAAUAUCACUCUGCAUUGGUAAAGCUUGAAAACACUGCAAACUGAGUUUAACUGCUUCUCCCAUACUAAGAAAUCUUAUUUAUUUUUUUUGUCUGCCAUUCUCAGUCUUAACCUUGCACCAUUUUAUUUUUGUUCCCCAAACUCACAUCCCUGCUUUGUCCAGUCUCUCACAGAGCAAUUGGCACAAGUGCACCGUCUGUCAGAUAUGUACCGGGAGCAGUGUGUGGCACUGGAAGACGAACUGGCGAGGAUCCGAGAAGAGGGUGACGUGGGGCGUGAAAUCUUUAAGGUGAGAGACACUACGGCACCUUGUCCUGUUGACAAUAUUUAGAGUUCAUUAUCUGGGGCUUUCCAAAAAUUCUGACUAUAAAUGUAAAAAUAACCAAAAAUGGAAUAUUACAUACUGCCUUAACCUUAAAAAUGUGCAGUAUUAACCUGUGACGUUGUCAAAUGUUGUAAGAUGCACACAGACGCUGAUGUGGCUUUGUGUAAUUUAGUUGAUACAUGCACGACAAAAAUAAAGAAUUAAAAAAAAAAAAAAGGUGAGAGACACUGUGCAGUCUUUAAAUUCAGAUCAAUCAUAAAUUACCAUCACCAUCGGUGCUUUGAGUGACUCCACUUACCUAGGGUCUCUCCAGCAGUUAGUCUACUGCAUGGCUUAUUCUCUACCAGCUAAUUUUGGAUGUUGUAGUCAGAAACUCUAGAGAAGGGGUCCCAAACUCAACUAACAAGGUAUCAUUUGGCCAAGUUGUCUUCUAUUAGUACCACAGAAUCGUACUCCAAAAUGCCCACAUUUAUAUUUCCAGAUGUGGUCACACAGACCGAUUAAUGUUCCUUUACACACAGCUGCAGUACCAACUCAAGAGUCGUGAAGCAUUAGGUUUAAUGUGUGUUUAUAUAUACACCUCCCCCUUAUAAACAUCCAAACCGAGGGAAGUUGCAGGAGGAAAUUAUGGAAACUGCCUUUCCACCUCUUAUUUCUCCCUUCAGAUGUACGGUAUGUGGAAAGAGAGCAGAGCUAUGACUUUUCGUUAUGUUCACAUCCCCUUUACACAUAAUGAGCAGUAGGUGUGUUCCUGACAUUGAGUGAAGAGAGAGCUUCUCUCAGAAUGUAGCGUCAAUGCUAGCAGCCCAAUUUUCGAUUUGGUCUGGUCAGAUUUUGGAUAUCCGACAGCCGCCUUGCGGGCUGCAAAAAAAGUAGUUGGGGGGGCCAAACAAAACCUAUGCUGUAAAAUAAUACAACAUAAAUUGAAAAUAGAACUACUUUGGGGGAAUAUGACUAAUUUCAUAGCGUCCUUCUACAUAUAUGAAUUUUGUCAGAAAACCUGUAGAUUUGCUUCCAUUUUUUUAUCAUCUGGCUCAAAAUCCAACAUUUUGCCAUAAUUUGUUACCCAGCAGGUUAAUCUCCAGUAUUCUAAUUUUAUCUGUUAGGAACGUUCUGAUAAAGUGGCCAAAAGACUGCAAAUGAUGACCCAGCGCUAUGAGGCACUGGAAAAGAGGCGCAACAUGGAGGUUGAGGGCUUCAAAACUGAUAUUAAGUUGCUCAGGCAGAGGUUAAAGGAUGUAGAGAAACAGCUGUUCAAGGUGAGUCAGAGUAAUGCACUGAAACUUCAAUUACAUGGAUAUUGGGUAUUUAAAAUAAUUGCAGGAUGUUUACGUGAAUGCCAACACUUUAUUUUUAUUUUUUUAUAUAUAUUAAUAAACAAUUUAUGUAGAAUAAAGGAACCAUAAUCACAACAGUUUAUCGUAGUGUUAUUUGUGCUAUCAGUUUAUUGGAGCUCUCAAAGUUUUCUGUUAACUGUUUUUGGAGCAGUUUAACAAAAACCUAGGCUUUUUAGGUACCCAUAACACCCACUUUACCUCCCACCUCCUCUGAAGCCACAUUUCUGCAUUAUCUGUGCAAAACCAUUCAGUCUUUGAAUUCUUUGCAUAUACUCCUAGCACUAGAACUUUUUACAAUAAACUGUAGUGGUUUUAAUUCUUAGAGUGUCCCUUUAAAAAUACACUUCAGGUGGUAUAUAUUAUUCAACUAUGACUUUUUUUACUUUCAGAAUUUUGAUCUGUGUCAACAUGACUCUAAUCCUCCAAUAACCAUAACUACUACAGCUUAUUGUUUUGAUACAAGGAAUGUGGUUCCUAUGUGUACUCUCUCUCUCGCUCCUUCUCUCUUGCUCCGUUUAUUAUCUAUGUAAUUUGUUAGUUAUAGUUUUAUAUUAAACCAACUUUGCUUUAAUAAUGUUAGCCACACAUUAAUUUUGGUAGCAUAGCACAAUCAAAUAUUUAAUUACAACCAUUGUUUGUAGGUUUUAAAAAAAAAAAAAAAUUUACACCAUUUUUCUAGGUAACUUUAAACAUUGGCCCAGACCAAGACCUCGCAAUCCUGAGUGCUGUGCGCCAAGGGAACAAACGCACACACAAAAUCCAAGGGGAGCUGCGCAACCUAAAAGCCAAAAUCCAUGGGCUGGAGAAUGAGCUCCGAAUAGGAUGAAGGAUUUUUGCAGUUAUGAAAAUUGUUGUGUUGGUUACAGUCCGACUGAAAUGCUAACCUUAGUACAAAGAAGUGAUUAAAUGGACAGCUGUUCUCUCUGACAUAUUUAAUUUAAAUUUAAAUUAUUAAAGAUUUUUUUGUAUUUUUUACCACUCUAUUAAAGUUCUAUUAAAAGCAAGUAAUGUUACUAAAUGUGACAAUGUUUGUAAUUGUGAGUUCCAACAAUAUUUUUAUUCACUGUUGUGAUGCAAUCAUCAAAAAAAUAAUUUUCGCUAGAACAGGCGUUCCCAACACAGUCCGCAAGUACCCCUU